CUCUGAACCAGAGGUUACCAUUGCUGUUACCAGUCAGCCUAACCCUGUAUGAGCUACCAGUACCUGGUAGGUUCUGGGAGUAAGGGAGUGCCACCAUGGCAGGGAAGAUUGGGCCUGUGUUGUGGACCCUCUAUACAGUCUGGGUCACCAUAAGUGCCAUAAAUGUGCAAACCCCACAGGAUGCUAUUCGGGCUGCUCGAGGAAAGAGUGCCACUCUUCUUUGUACCUACCAGACCUCUGCCUUUGACCGAGAUGGGGUCAUUCAAUGGAACAAGCUUCUGAAGUCUCAUACGGAAAACGUGUUCACCUGGAAGUUUGAGGACAAGACAGCUAUCUAUGGUGACUUUUACAAGAACCGUGUCAACAUAUCACACAAUGCACAGUAUUCUGAUGCCUCUAUCACCAUUGGGGAACUGACCAUGGAUGACAACGGCACCUAUGAAUGUUCAGUCACAAUGAUGGUAGACCUGACUGGCACCAGCAGGUCUCGAGUUCAUCUGCUGGUCCUUGUGCCACCAUCCAAACCAGUUUGUGCCAUCGAGGGAGAGACUGUGAUUGGGAACAACAUCCAGCUCACCUGCCGAUCAGAGGAGGGUUCCCCUGCCCCUCAGUACAGCUGGAAGAGCUAUGACAUACAGCACAAGGAGCGACCACUGGCCCCAGCAGUUCUGGGUCAGACUUUCCCUCUGAAGAACAUCUCCACAGACAUGUCAGGAUACUAUAUCUGCUCCUCCAGCAAUGAGGUGGGAGAUAAGUCCUGCAACAUCACCCUGGCUGUUCAACCUCCCUCCAUGAACGUGGCAUUGUACGCAGGCAUUGCAGGAGGGGUGGUGGCAGUCCUCAUCCUAGUUGGAAUCAUCAUUUACUGCUGCUGCUGCCGGUCUGAAAGCAACAAGGAUGAGGAAGCCAGGCCGAACCGGACAAUCUACAGAGAGCCUACUGAGCAGAUGGAAGAACUUUCCAGAGGGCAAGAUGAAGAUGGUGGCUACAGACACACAGACCAGAACAGCUGGGGGCGUGAGUCCCUAGACCCAGACAGCCGGUGACAGGGCACUAUGUGCUGUGGGAAAGCCUAUGCUGUGAUCACCUCGAAGUCCCUUUCUGGUCCUCAGUCCCAGGCAACAAUAGGCUGCUCUUCCCGUCAAUUGCUGGCAGACUUGGCUGGGCCUGGCCAGGUUGAAGCUUCUAUGUAACUGACCCUCAACUAUCUUCCAUUAAGGACCCUCUACCCAACUGUCCUGUCUGCACCAGGUGUCACCCUCAUGUCCCUGGACAGACAGGAGGUUGGGGGGCAGUGGGCAGACUGUGGGACUGUGACUGUGAUGACAUCAGAAAUAAUUCAUGGAGAGUACUUUACCUUCUCAGGUGGAUCUGAAUUCUGGCUUAUCCUGUCCAUUAUUUAUGACAUUCAAUGUACCUGCUCACUUCUUUACGCUACUCUUUGUAGCAUUUGCUGAAUACCUUCUCACAUAAACAUGAAUACCUCAGAGUUUACAUUUGAGGAAAGAUAUGUCGAGAUAAUAACAAUAAUAAAAAAAGCUGUCAGCACCUGGAGUAGCUACUGGAGUUGGAGCUGAAAUCACCUCCAACCAGAAAAACAGAGUAUACCCAUACUGUUCUUAAAGGGUAUUCAAUCCUUUUAAUUCAUGGCCAAAAGCAUUUUU